GCGUAAGGUGGCUAUAUAACUGUACACUCGUUAACCUCGUUAUUAUGCGGUGUCGCAAGAACGUACUGUGCUUUGCCACUGGGAGGUAAUGAAGUUACAUAACAUUGUGUGGUAACUCAUCUUACGUAACUGACUGGAUAUCAUUGUGCUCUUUCUGCCACCAGGUGGAGCCACUGCUGCGUCAAUAACAUCUGAGACUGACCUGAAAACCACAUUCAAACACACCAGAGACGAACCACAACUUUUAACAUUGCAACCGAGGAAGAAAAACCAACAACCUCAAGAUGUUUGAAGAGUCAUCUCAGGAGAUGAGGGUGUUAAAUGCGACUGCUCCCAGUAGCACAAUGUCUUUCACCGAUGAAGCUGUGUCCAUCCUGACGUCAAGCAGUUUGCUUGCACGCUCGCUCCUGGGCCGAACGUCGGCGCUUAAACGCAAAGACACAGAUUCAGACAACGUCACCUCUGUGAGGCGUAAGCGGGAGUUUAUUGCUCACGAGAAGAAGGAUGAGGGCUACUGGGACAAGCGCAGGAAAAACAACGAAGCCGCAAAGCGCUCUCGUGAGAAACGGCGUGUAAAUGACAUGGUGCUGGAAAACCGCGUGCUGGCGCUGCUCGAGGAGAACGCCAGGUUACGAGCGGAACUGCUCGCACUGAAAUUUCGCUUCGGCCUCAUUAAAGAUCCCUCAAACGCUUCCAUACUUCCACUCACAACAGGAACCUGCGUCCCACAACCUUCGGCGCCACAUUACUACCUUCCACGUGGGGAUGGCGCUCACCAAGCUGGUCCAGUAUCGUCAAAUCAGUCCCAAAGCGGACCGCAAUCUGGCCGGAGUAUCAGAGAUACGAUCAGUAUGUCAGAAGACUCCGGUUUCUCCACACCCGGUGGGUCCAGUGUUGGUAGUCCCGUCUUCUUUGAGGACAGACUAAGUGACCAUGGAAAGCUGUCUCCGCACCAAGCAGAUGAACUGGGUUACGAGUCCCAUCACUCCUCAGCUGAUGUUUUAGCAACGGGACAGCUCACCAUGUCAUCCAACCGGAUGGAAUCAGUGGACAGUAUGAAGAGUCUUCCGCACAAGCUGAGGUUUAAAUCUCCAGGCGGCGGCGAAUGCGACAACCCCGGAGACCGACAAAGUCCUGUGCUGCCCGCGGUGGGCCCUAGGGUUCACAACCUUCCGGGUACAACUGAAGGAGCAGGUUACUGGACACCACAAGACAGAGAAGACGCCCGAAAAGUCAUGCCACUACAGCAGCAGCAGUACAGGAAUUACAGCCACAAUGUGAAUCCAAGCGAAUCUCAAUACCAAGCCGAGAACAGCAUGCUCAAAUCUCAGCUCAGCUCUCUCGGCGAGGAAGUGGCCCAGCUCAAAAAGCUCUUCUCCGAGCAGUUGCUCACCAAAACGAAUUAAGUCUUUGUAAAGAGUGCACUCGAACACUGCAAAUAUUCAUAGUCGAAUUCAUGAACGUCCAUAGAUUAUGAAUGGAAAGAACGCAGCAUGUGCAUCACUACCUCUUCACACUCGGUCAUAACCAAACAGAACUUGCAUAUCCACCUUAUUUUGCAAUGUGGAAGUAAGCUAUUUUCUAUGUAUGUGCGAGACACUUCUGGUUCAUUAGGUAAAAAACUAGAAGAAUAACAAAGUGCAGUAAAUAGUAAAACUAUUUGCACCACAAAAAAGUGUGUUUAA